AUGGCCCUCGGCCAAAGCCUGGUCCCAACACACACAUUCGCCGCAGCCCCGACUCUCGACCUCCUCCUCGUCCCAGGCGGUCUAGGCACGCGCGUCCCGUGCCCAGAAAUUUCAGAUGCAAUCGCCUAUAUCCGUGCUACAUAUCCCAGCUUGAAAUACCUGGUUACGGUAUGUACGGGCUCGAUACUUGCUUCGCAGGCUGGGGUUUUGGAUGGGAAGAGGGCUACGACUAAUAAGAUGGCUUGGGCGACUACGGUGGCUUAUCCGGAUGUUCGGUGGGUUCCCCGUGCUAGGUGGGUUGUUGAUGGUAAUGUUUGGAGCUCUUCGGGGGUUAGUGCUGGGAUUGAUGUUACUCUUGCUUGGAUUGGGGAUGUUUAUGGGGAGGAGGUGGCGAGGGGAAUUGCUAAUGGGAUGGAGUAUACUCGUCAUGAGGAUUCUCGGUUUGAUCCUUUUGCUGAAUUGUAUGGACUUUGA